CGCUCGAUUCCGCGCCAGGUUUCAACUCCGGUGCCGAUCCCCAUACAAACUCCCAGUGCAACCAGAUCGAGAUCAUGGGCGACGAUGUCGAAGCCAGGUCCGCUCCCGCCGCGCCGCCGUCCACGCGCGAGCUGGCAUCUCAGCUGCGUGCGAGUCUCUCGGCGUUAAAGCGUGACGUAGCCACGUCCUUCCGGCUGUGCGGCCGCGACUUUGGCAUUCUUGGUGCUGAGCUCGUCUCCGCUUUGGAAGGCGGCAGACAGCGAGAGCGUGCGUCAGCCGACGCCUUGGCCCAUGAACGCACGGCCCGCGUUCACCUGGAGACGAGGCUGGCCGAGCUUCAGGGCAACAUCCGCGUGUUGUGUCGCGUGCGGCCUAUGCCAGCGACUGCCGCGGGCUCCAGCGGUGAGGAGAGCGAGAACACGAGCCCGGACAAGCGCCGCAAGCGCGUACAGGUCGAGUCAGCGCAAGAACUAAGCGUCUUCUCACCCGUGGACGGGGCAUUGUACAAGAGCUUCUCAUUCUCUAGAGUUUUCCACGAGCAGCACUCGCAGUUGACAGUCUUUAAGGAAGUGGCGCCACUCGUGCGCUCGGCCGUCGCUGGCCGUCACGCCUGCGUGUUCGCUUACGGCCAGACAGGUGCUGGUAAGACCCAUACAAUGCAAGGAACAGAGAGUGACAUGGGACUCUACUACAGAGCGGCUGAGCUCAUCUACUCGUCGAUAACGCAACAGCAACACGUCUAUGAUUUCAAGGUGCGUAUUCAGAUCGUGGAGAUCUACAACGAAGAGAUCUACGAUCUAUUGGCCCAGAACAGCAGCAAUUCUACUACAGGGACGACUUCAGGGGACAGAGGCUCACCAACGAGCGCCGGUAUGGGCUGCCACGUCGGUGCCACCAGCAUGUGUGGUAACCAGCAGAGCAGCUCAUCGUCUACGCUGGAGAUCCGACAUGGAGAGAAUGGAGUUUACUUGAAGAAUGUGGAGACGAUCGAUGCGCCAAGUACCAAGGAAUUCCACGACGCUAUUACUCGCAGUAAGACUAAGAAGAACGACCGCAGCAACCGGGCGCACACCGUUUUGAUGAUUGAUAUUCUGCGUACCAGUAAGGCCAAUGGAGAGACAGAUACAGGCAGAUUGGUUCUCGUGGACUUGGCAGGCUCGGAACGGCUGUCAAAGACGGCAGAUACGUCUGCACUUACCGUACGGGAGUCGCAGCAUAUUAACAAGUCGCUCGCAGCUGUGGGCGACGUCUUGUCGGCGUUACUGGCGAAGGAGAAGCAUAUCCCGUUCCGCAACUCUAAGCUUACGCACUUACUGCAGGAUUCGCUGAGUGGCAAUGCCAACCGCACUCUAUUGUUUGUUCACGUGAGUCCAAGAAGUACAGACGUGAACGAGACGAUCAAUUCUCUUAAGUUUGCGUCACGUGUGAGUCACAUCCAGAUGGGCAAGUCGCGUCGUACUGAACGCGCGGAGAUUUUGAGACUGAACGGAGUGGUAAGGUUUUCUUCGUCAUGCCUUAGUCUUCGCGCACUAACGUUAGAGCUGUGCUUGCAGGUUGCCAAUCAGGUUUCUCAGAUCCAGGCUUUGCAAGAAAAAUUGACAGCGGAACUUGAACUGCGUAAGAAGUACGAGAGACGACUGGAAGAGUAUCGACAGGAGGAACAUCGUCGCAGAUCCAAGGGCGAAGAGGCCAGAAAAGUUUUGCAGCAGAUGAGGACCCCUUCACCUCCAGAGUUGCCUCCCCCAAUCUCUUCGCGAAGGUGGAGUUUAUUCGCUCGAAAGGAGAAAUUGGCCAAUGCCCAAGGGCUGAAUGGAAUUGAGAAUGUCGCGGAAAACAUUUUACGUGGCAACGAGUCUUCGCCCGAGACUGCAGAGAUCAGGAUAUCGAUCAACGGCAAACCGAGUGGGAUCUCUCCUCCCACGAACUUUUCAAGGCGACUGAGUCUGUCGGCCUUAGACCAAAGAGCUGCAGCUCCAGGACUCAAGACAAAAGCAAGAGAUCGUUCCCUUCCGACUCAAGGCAAAAGGAAGAGAUCAUCCACGUCCGAGAAAGUUCGCAGUAUCCUCAAGAAGCAACGUGUCAAUGAUGGAGGCAUUAUCGACCUUACUGAGGCAGAAGCAGAUGCUGACAACAGCACUAUGGCGUCCAAGCAAGUUUCGUUCGAUUUGUCACUAGAAACAAUCGGGACUUCGACUGCGUCGCUGCCAUCUCGAGAGCCCGCUGCGGCUACUACACCUCGGAUGCAAGUAUUGCGCACUCCUUCCUAGUUUCAUAUUGCCAUGACUCAUGUUUUUCAUGCUGUUGUCUUGUGUAGCCCUGUUGGAGGAGCAGUACGCGUUCUGGCCUCGAGUCGAUCUGUGGCGGCACCGCCAGUAGCGAGGAGAGUCGCGUCGGCCAAGCGCAUCAAGCAGAGACCGAUGGGUUGGCGGUGAAGACCAAGGAGCCAGAACGUGCGUACUUGCCACCCUAACAAACAUUUCCAUAGUAACGUUACGUAUAAUAAUGACCAGCACAACUUGCUUUAGUUAGUUAUCGUCGGAAUGCCGCUUUUCUAUGGUGCUUUGUGAGCGCUCUAGAAUCGGACGUAAUACCUUCAAAGGUGCUCCGUUACUUGCCUUCGUUUGUGGUCUCAUGGAGUUCGAUCGACGCAGCUUCAAGCGUUCAGCCUCGUCCGCAGCAACCACCUCAUUACGCGCGCGUUGGAACAUCUACGUCAACAAUAUGUUAGCUU